AUGAGUGUCCCCCGUGCGCGGAUGCUCGACUUGAUGAAGGCGCAAUGCCAGGUCUUCGCGACAAUUUACAAUCCUGAGGGAACCCGAAUGGGCAACAAGAUCCUGCGGCAGCGCUUAAAGGGGCCCGCGGUAGCCGCCUACUACCCAAGGAAGACGGCGACCAUCAAGGAUGUUAAGCAAGGUUUUGGUCCUGUUCUCACGACGUGGGAUGAGCAGGAGGAGGACCGACUCGAAUACAUCGAAGAGCUGAAACAGCGUGGAAAGAGCGCACCCAAGAAGAAAAAGGGCCCUCCUGUCCAAACUCGGAGGAGGAAGUGA